AAAAAUAAGUGUGUAGUUAAAAACCUGCGAUCUGCUAGUGACUUAAAUUUGAAGAAUGGAGAAAAUUGAGACUUUUAAAAAACGGGCCGGUACAACUGACAAAGGCAGAGAUUAUGAAGAUGUGGUUCUCGCCAAUGUCGUACUAAGACUAUUAAACGACCCCAGAGUAAAAACGUUCCAGAUCUCAUCAAACGAUGAUGAUUUUGGAGCGUUUGAUGAUCUGGUCAUUAAGCUUGCAUCGGAUAAGGAAAACGACAUUCAAGUUAAAGCGGUGCAGUUAAAACACACCGAGAGGAAAGUACUCUCUCUAGAAAAUUUGCGAACCGUAAAAGGAGACUUCAGUAUUAAAAAAUACUACAAAAGUUACACAGAAAUUAAGAAGCAAAUAGAUGAACUGAUUUUGUUCACAAACCGCCCGUUUAACCCUCCCGACAACGCAACCUUCCAACUUGAGGGCGAAGGAUUUUACGUAAAGCUUAUUAAAAGAGAAGUUAACGCAGACAUUUCAGAAAAUAUUAGUCAUGUUUAUCAGUUUGAAAUAGUAGAUGAUCAAUCGACAGUGGAGAAUUAUCAAGAAUAUCAGGAAUUUUUUCGCAAGUUCUUUCUCUAUACCGACCAAGAAAAUUGUGAUACUCUAAAAAAAAUAACCGCUAAUAAAUUCAAAACAACAUAUUGUUCAGAUGACGAAACAUUCGGUAAAUUUCUCAAAACAGUUGCUGAAUGGAACGUCCAAGAUGGGAAUAAAGAAAAGAUAGAUAAAAAGUGGACGCAGCUGGUACUUGCGUUACAUCUUCUGUCCUCUCAUACUGAGUCUCUAUCUUUCGGUCCAGUUAAUGAGAAAAUGAAAAUUUUUCGGGAAGCGAUUUCCUUCUUUGAUGUCACACUGAUUGAAGACAAAUCGGUCGAAACGGUUAAGCAACUGUGGGGUGAUGUUGGAAAGAAAAAAACUAUUGACUUUAAGGACUUAAAUAAAGUUAGAAAGAGAUAUCUACCUACCCUCGGACAUAUUAAUGACACCGACAUCGGCACCAUAGAUCCCAAGGCGUUCACUCAACUUUUGUGGGUAAUGGACGAAUGUCCAUUAAUUUUACGUGCAUGGGAAAAGAUGAAAAAUGUAAUACAGCUGUGUCCCUACAAAAAAUUUGUUUUGGUUGGCGGAACUAAAGAUGAGGAAUGGCUGGAAAACUAUUCCGUGUUCCAAAAUCUGUCAGACUUAAGUUUGAAGCCCCAAAUUCGUAAAAAUGUUAUACAAAAUUUUACCAUUUCGAUUCAGGGAAAGGGCGAACUUGAUCUUGUGACAUCUUUUGGCAGCAAUGAAGAUAUUUUCAAAAAUGUUUCAACUGAUACCCUCGUCGAAAUGCUGAACGGUACAUGUUGCAUAGGAGGAACAAAGGAAACACUAGCCGAACCUUAUAUAGAACGCUAUAUUUCGCGAAAUGUCGUUGAUAAUAGAUAUUUAGAAAAAGUUCACGAAAACACAAUUAUUAUUUUAAAUUCUGACAAUAAUUUAAAUAAAGUUAAAAGCAAACUCGAUAAAUGUGAAUUAAUUGACAUUAAUAACUUCUUACUGAAAAAAAAUCAGAAUGGCGAAGAUCUAACAAAUAAUGACGUUAACGUUAAUGAACCGAACAGAAUUUACGUAGGUAACAGAAAAAAAAAACAGUUAAAUUCUAAUCUAAACGACAAUAAAUAUAAUUCUCGUUUUGAUAAAUCAAGUUUUGCCAACACAGUUUACGUUGGUUCUAGGCAUUAUAAUAAUUCUGAACUUCAACAAAUUUAUAACAAGCACAAAAAGACAAAACAAUUUCAUUAUUUUAAAAUUUUGAAUGAUGGAAAUUUAGAAUGGCUAUGUAGCAGAGGUGAUGUUAGUGAUGUAGAGGCCUACAAAUUGCCUGACGAACAUCCAACCGAAGAAAAUGCCUUGUGGUCUUCUCGGUUAGAUUAUAACAUCAAUCUUAUAAUUGGAGAUCCGGGAAUGGGUAAGAGUGAAUUAGUGAAAAGCUUAAAAAAUACAUGUUCUCGCGAAUAUUGGACAGUUUUAAUUAAUCCCAAUGACGUUAAUUUAUUUUUUCGCAAUCACAAUUUCUCUAAAACGGAAAAUUCUUCAGAUUUAUUUGUAAAAUUUAUCACAAAUAAAAAACAUGAGUCGCUCAAAAAACUAGAUCUAAUGUUUUUCGAAAUGUGCAUAAAGAAAAACAACGUAAUUUACGUGUGGGACGCACUCGAUGAAAUUUUAAAUGAUAAAUUAGAUGCCGCUGUAAAUAUAAUUCUCCAUCUUUCAACCAAAGGGUUUCGUCAGUGGGUUACAAGCAGACGUCGUUUAAAAUCAACUCUAGAAAAUAAAUUCAAUUUGUUGUCACUUAGUAUAAAUCAAUUUAACGAACAAGAACAAGAAAAAUAUAUCAGAAAACGUCUAGAAUCUUUUAAUUCAGAAUACAACAUUGACGAAACGCUGGAAAAAAUUAAGUCAUCUUUUGCGAUUGUAGAACACAUAGAUAUACUAGGUAUCCCUCUGCAAAUAUUCAUGCUUACCGAACUGUUCCGUGAAAAUACCGAAAAAUAUUUGAAACUAAUGGACAACACAUUCGUUUUGACUGACCUUUACGAAUAUUUUAUUCAGGAAAAAUUUAAUAACUUUUACAAAAACAAAAUGGGAUACGAUUUAGAAAAUCCACAAUUGGAAAAUGUAAUCAGUCAAAAAAAACUAAAGGCUACAGAAUAUUACGAAAGUGUGUCCUUUAGGGUAAUAUUUGACGAAGAAAUUUUGCAGAGAAUGAAUAUUAAUUACGAAAAAUGUGCACAAAAACUUUUGCGAAGUUAUGCCUCUCUGGGUCUUAUAAAUGACUUUCAAAAUGAUGUUCCACGUUUUGUGCAUAGUUCCUUCGGUGAAUAUCUAGUUGCUAGGUACUUUUCAAAAAAUAUUAAUAAUUUUAAAGACACAAUUGCGGACUUGUUGUUUGACGCAAGAUAUAAUAACGUUCGAUUCUUUUUUGACAUGUUGUUGGCUAAAAACUCGAGAGCUCACAUUGCUGUAUUGUAUAAACGUUACGAGUUACUUAAAACGUACGACGACGAAAUUUUAAAUAGCAAAGAUGAAGUUGGCAGAAGUGCCUUACAUUUGAUAUCGUCAUGGGGGCAAAGACAUCCGCGUGUAAAAGUAACGCGUGAAAAGAACAAGUGUAUUGUGAACGAAAAUAGCAAUUUCGAUAAAAAAAAGGAAACGGAAAUAUACUUUGAAACGAUGACGUAUUUGCAAAAUACGAAUGAUGUUGGCGAACGUGAUAUGUUGUUAGAUGCGACUGCUUUGGCUUAUGCCCGAAAAAGUGAGAGCCUAGGAGCACAAAUACAAUUACUUCAAACAAAAAAGAAUGAGUUGAGACAAUCUCGCGAUGACAUAAUUAAUAUCAUAUAUUAUUCUGCUUUACUGGGUUACGACGACUUGUGUAAACACUUCACAGUGGAAGAGUUGAAUAAUUUUUGGUGCGAGGUGGAAAUUGUUACUGCAGAAAAUGCUGAAACACCUCUGUGGCUGGCCUGUCAAAACGGUAAUUUAAAUAUCGUUGAGUAUUUUGUAAGAUCUGAUGUCGACAUCAACUGUGUUAAUAUAUUCGGUGAGACACCACUUUACGCUGCUUCCUUCAACGGUCACGAAAAAGUUGUCGAAUACUUGGCGACAGUCGGCGCCGAAAUCAAUCGCGCAAUGAAUGACGGUCGCACACCACUUUUCACAGCUUCUUUUAACGGUCACGAAAAAGCUGUCCAAUACUUGGCGACAGUCGGCGCCGAAAUCAAUCGCGCUGAAAAAAACUGUGCGACGCCACUUUACGCAGCUUCACAAAACGGUCACGAAAAAGUUGUCGAAUACUUGGCGACAGUCGGCGCCGAAAUCAAUCGCGCUAAUAAAAACGGUGUGACACCACUUUACGUAGCUUCACAAAACGGUCACGAAAAAGUUGUCGAAUACUUGGCGACAGUCGGCGCCGAAAUCAAUCGCGCUAAUAAAAACGGUGUGACACCACUUUACGUAGCUUCACAAAACGGUCACGAAAAAGUUGUCGAAUACUUGGCGACAGUCGGCGCCGAAAUCAAUCGCGCUAUGAAUGACGGUGCGACACCACUUUUCAUAGCUUCACAAAACGGUCACGAAAAAGUUGUCGAAUACUUGGCGACAGUCGGCGCCGAAAUCAAUCGCGCUAUGAAUGACGGUACGACACCACUUUUCAUAGCUUCACAAAACGGUCACGAAAAAGUUGUCGAAUACUUGGCGACAGCCGGCGCCGAAAUCAAUCGCGCUAUGAAUGACGGUGCGACACCACUUUUCAUAGCUUCAGAAAACGGUCACGAAAAAGUUGUCGAAUACUUGGCGACAGUCGGCGCCGAAGUCAAUCAUGCUGAUAACGCGGGUUUUACACCAGUUUACGUAGCUUCACAAAACGGUCACGAAAAAGUUGUCGAAUACUUGGCGACAGUCGGCGCCGAAAUCAAUCGCGCUAUGAAUGACGGUGCGACACCACUUUUCAUUGCUUCACAAAACGGUCACGAAAAAGUUGUCGAAUACUUGGCGACAGUCGGCGCCGAAAUCAAUCGCGCUAUGAAUGACGGUACGACACCACUUUUCAUAGCUUCACAAAACGGUCACGAAAAAGUUGUCGAAUACUUGGCGACAGUCGGCGCCGAAAUCAAUAGCGCUAAUAAAUACGGUUGGACACCGCUUUACGUAGCUUCACAAAACGGUCACGAAAAAGUUGUCGAAUACUUGGCGACAGUCGGCGCCGAAAUCAAUCGCGCACAGAAUGACGGUCGCACACCACUUUUCACAGCUUCUUUUAACGGUCACGAAAAAGCUGUCGAAUACUUGGCGACAGUCGGCGCCGAAAUCAAUUGCGCUGAAAAAAACGGUGCGACGCCACUUUACGCAGCUUCGUUUAACGGUCACGAAAAAGCUGUCGAAUACUUGGUGACAGUCGGCGCCGAAAUCAAUCGCGCAAUGAAUGACGGUUUUACACCACUUUACGUAGCUUCACAGAACGGUCACGAAAAAGUUGUCGAAUACUUGGCGACAGUCGGCGCCGAAAUCAAUCGCGCAAUGAAUGACGGUCGCACACCACUUUUCACAGCUUCUUUUAACGGUCACGAAAAAGCUGUCCAAUACUUGGCGACAGUCGGCGCCGAAAUCAAUCGCGCUGAAAAAAACCGUGCGACACCACUUUACGCAGCUUCACAAAACGGUCACGAAAAAGUUGUCGAAUACUUGGCGACAGUCGGUGCCGAAAUCAAUCGCGCUAAUAAAAACGGUGUGACACCACUUUUCGUAGCUUCACAAAACGGUCACGAAAAAGUUGUCGAAUACUUGGCGACAGUCGGCGCCGAAAUCAAUCGCGCUAAUAAAAACGGUGUGACACCACUUUACAUAGCUUCACAAAACGGUCACGAAAAAGUUGUCGAAUACUUGACGACAGUCGGCGCCGAAACCAAUCGUGCUGAUAACGCGGGUUUUACACCAGUUUACGUAGCUUCACAAAACGGUCACGAAAAAGUUGUCGAAUACUUGGCGACAGUCGGCGCCGAAAUCAAUCGCGCUAUGAAUGACGGUGCGACACCACUUUUCAUAGCUUCACAAAACGGUCACGAAAAGGUUGUCGAAUACUUGGCGACAGUCGGCGCCGAAAUCAAUAGCGCUACUAAUGAGGGUUGGACACCACUUCACUUAGCUUCACAAAACGGUCACGAAAAAGUUGUCGAAUACUUGGCGACAGUCGGCGCCGAAAUCAAUCGCGCUAAUAAAAACGGUGCGACACCACUUUUUGUAGCUUCACAAAACGGUCACGAAAAAGUUGUCGAAUACUUGGCGACAGUCGGCGCCGAAAUCAAUCGCGCACAGAAUGACGGUCGCACACCACUUUUCACAGCUUCUUUUAACGGACACGAAAAAGCUGUCGAAUACUUGGCGACAGUCGGCGCCGAAAUCAAUCGCGCUGAAAAAAACGGUGCGACGCCACUUUACGCAGCUUCGUUUAACGGUCACGAAAAAGCUGUCGAAUACUUGGCGACAGUCGGCGCCGAAAUCAAUCGCGCUACUAAUGACGGUUUCACACCACUUUACGUAGCUUCACAAAACGGUCACGAAAAAGUUGUCGAAUACUUGGCGACAGUCGGCGCCGAAAUCAAUAGCGCUAAUAAAUACGGUUCGACACCGCUUUACUUAGCUUCACAAAACGGUCACGAAAAAGUUGUCGAAUACUUGGCGAUAGUCGGCGCCGAAAUCAAUCGCGCAGUGAAUGACGGUCGCACACCACUUUUCACAGCUUCUUUUAACGGUCACGAAAAAGUUGUCGAAUACUUGGCGACAUUCGGCGCCGAAAUCAAUCGCGCUACUGAUGACGGUCGCACACCACUUUACGUAGCUUCACAAAAAGGUCACGAAAAAGUUGUCGAAUACUUGGCGACAGUCGGCGCCGAAAUCAAUCGCGCUGAAAAAAACGGUGCGACACCACUUUACGCAGCUUCUUUUAACGGUCACGAAAAAGUUGUCGAAUACUUGGCGACAGUCGGCGCCGAAAUCAAUCGCGCUGAAAAAAACGGUGCGACACCACUUUACGCAGCAUCGUUUAACGGUCACGAAAAAGCUGUCGAAUACUUGGCGACAGUCGGCGCCGAAAUCAAUCGCGCACAGAAUGACGGUUUUACACCACUUUACGUAGCUUCACAAAACGGUCACGAAAAAGUUGUCGAAUACUUGGCGACAGUCGGCGCCGAAAUCAAUCGCGCAAUGAAUGACGGUUUUACACCACUUUACGUAGCUUCACAGAACGGUCACGAAAAAGUUGUCGAAUACUUGGCGACAGUCGGCGCCGAAAUCAAUCGCGCUAUGAAUGACGGUGCGACACCACUUUUCAUAGCUUCACAAAACGGUCACGAAAAAGUUGUCGAAUACUUGGCGACAUUUGGCGCCGAAAUCAAUCGCGCUAUGAAUGACGGUACGACACCACUUUUCAUAGCUUCACAAAACGGUCACGAAAAAGUUGUCGAAUACUUGGCGAGAUUCGGCGCCGAAAUCAAUCGCGCUACUGAUGACGGUCGCACACUACUUUACGUAGCUUCACGAAAAGGUCACGAAAAAGUUGUCGAAUACUUGGCGACAGUCGGCGCCGAAAUCAAUCGCGCUAUGAAUGACGGUGCGACACCACUUUACGCAGCUUCUUUUAACGGUCACGAAAAAGUUGUCGAAUACUUGGCGACAGUCGGCGCCGAAAUCAAUCGCGCUACUAAUGACGGUUUCACACCACUUUACGUAGCUUCACAGAACGGUCACGAAAAAGUUGUCGAAUACUUGGCGACAUUUGGCGCCGAAAUCAAUCGCGCUACUGAUGACGGUCGCACACCACUUUUCACAGCUUCUUUUAACGGUCACGAAAAAGUUGUCGAGUACUUGGCGACAGUCGGCGCCGAAAUCAAUCGCGCUGAUAAUGACGGUUUCACACCACUUUACGUAGCUUCACAAAACGGUCACGAAAAAGUUGUCGAAUACUUGGCGACAGUCGGCGCCGAAAUCAAUCGCGCUACUGAUGACGGUCGCACACCACUUUUCACAGCUUCUUUUAACGGUCACGAAAAAGUUGUCGAAUACUUGGCGACAGUCGGCGCCGAAAUCAAUCACGCUAAUCAAAACGGUGUGACACCACUUUACGCAGCUUCUUUUAACGGUCACGAAAAAGUUGUCGAAUACUUGGCGACAGCCGGCGCCGAAAUCAAUCGCGCCACUAAUAACGGUUUCACACCACUUUACGUAGCUUCACAAAACGGUCACGAAAAAGUUGUCGAAUACUUGGCGACAGCCGGCGCCGAAAUCAAUCGCGCUGAUAAUGACGGUUUCACACCACUUUACGUAGCUUCACAAAACGGUCACGAAAAAGUUGUCGAAUACUUGGCGACAGUCGGCGCCGAAAUCAAUCGCGCUACUGAUGACGGUCGCACACUACUUUUCACAGCUUCUUUUAACGGUCACGAAAAAGUUGUCGAGUACUUGGCGACAGUCGGCGCCGAAAUCAAUCGCGCUGAUAAUGACGGUUUCACACCACUUUACGUAGCUUCACAAAACGGUCACGAAAAAGUUGUCGAAUACUUGGCGACAGCCGGCGCCGAAAUCAAUCGCGCCACUAAUAACGGUUUCACACCACUUUACGUAGCUUCACAAAACGGUCACGAAAAAGUUGUCGAAUACUUGGCGACAGCCGGCGCCGAAAUCAAUCGCGCUGAUAAUGACGGUUUCACACCACUUUACGUAGCUUCACAAAACGGUCACGAAAAAGUUGUCGAAUACUUGGCGACAGUCGGCGCCGAAAUCAAUCGCGCUACUGAUGACGGUCGCACACCACUUUUCACAGCUUCUUUUAACGGUCACGAAAAAGUUGUCGAGUACUUGGCGACAGUCGGCGCCGAAAUCAAUCGCGCUGAUAAUGACGGUUUCACACCACUUUACGUAGCUUCACAAAACGGUCACGAAACAGUUGUCGAAUACUUGGCGACAGCCGGCGCCGAAAUCAAUCGCGCCACUAAUAACGGUUUCACACCACUUUACGUAGCUUCACAAAACGGUCACGAAAAAGUUGUCGAAUACUUGGCGACAGCCGGCGCCGAAAUCAAUCGCGCUGAUAAUGACGGUUUCACACCACUUUACGUAGCUUCACAAAACGGUCACGAAAAAGUUGUCGAAUACUUGGCGACAGUCGGCGCCGAAAUCAAUCGCGCUACUGAUGACGGUCGCACACCACUUUUCACAGCUUCUUUUAACGGUCACGAAAAAGUUGUCGAAUACUUGGCGACAGUCGGCGCCGAAAUCAAUCACGCUAAUCAAAACGGUGUGACACCACUUUACGCAGCUUCUUUUAACGGUCACGAAAAAGUUGUCGAAUACUUGGCGACAGUCGGCGCCGAAAUCAAUCGCGCUGAUAAUGACGGUUUCACACCACUUUACGUAGCUUCACAAAACGGUCACGAAAAAGUUGUCGAAUACUUGGUGACAGUCGGCGCCGAAAUCAAUCGUGCUGAAGAAACCGGUGCUACACCACUUUUCGUAGCUUCACACCAAGGUCACGAAAAAGUUGUCGAAUACCUGGCGACAGUCGGCGCGGAAAUCAAUCGCGCACAGAAUGACGGUUGCACACCACUUUACAUAGCUUCUUAUAACGGCCACGAAAAAGUUGUCAAAUACUUGGCGACAGUCGGCGCCGAAAUCAAUCACGCUGUUAACGACCGUUGGACAUCACUUUACGUAGCUUCUCAGAAUGGCCACAAAAAAAUUGUCGAAUAUUUGGCUACAGUCGGUGCUGACAUUAAUCGCGGGGAUAUCGACGGUUGGACACCACUUUACGUAGCUACUUUGCACGGCCGCGAAAAAGUUGUUGAAUAUUUGACGUCAGUCGGCGCCGACAUCAAUCGCGCUGAUGAUGACGGAAAAACACCACUUGACGUAGCUUCUGAAAAAGGUCACCAAAAAAUUGUAGAAUGCUUAAGAAGAGCCGGCGCUCAAACCGGGCAUCAUUCCUUUACAUGAGACCGUCUGAAAAAAUACUUCCCCAAACCAUCCAAAUGCAGUAUAAUGUAGUAAGGAGACUGCUCUUACUUAAAAAUAGUAUCUCAUUAAAUUAGAAUAAUAUCCAAAAAAAACCAACCUAGUUAUAUCCUAAGGAUUUUCAAAAAAAAAUUCGGUUUAUUCCGAGGUUUUUAAUUAAUUUAAAUAAUAAUGUAAAGUCUGUAAAUUGUUAUCGUUUCCGGAAACAAUAAUGGAUGUAUGUUUUAUUUUGAAAGCAGAGACCUAUUAAUGUCGUGAAAAUUUUGAGUACGUCAAUUUGCAGCCAAUAUUUUGCCCGUCCUUAACACAUAACACGCCGAUUAGCUAAAUUUGAAAAUUAUUAAACACUUCAGUUGUGAAAAGUAGUGUAUGCAGAGUCGAAGUGCAUACAAAAUAUUAAUUAAUUAACAGAAUCCCAUGCACUUGUAAUAUUAAUUUCUAGUGGAAAUUGUUUUAACAUGUCUGGUUAGAAUUUGAAUAUGGCCUGAGACAGCUCGCCAUACAUCAGUAUGCUUAGUUUUCCACAAAAAAUAACCCACAUUGUAGUUAAAAACAGAAAACUAGGGAGCAUAGCACCAAUUUAAACUUUUGCGACAAUUCAAACGUAUCUUCUACCCGGACAAAUGUAUUCACUCAUUCCAGUAUCCUUGAUUAUAGGUUAAUAAUAAUAAUAAUAAUAAUAAUAAAUCUUUAUUUCCUACGGUAUUUACACCCAGUUACAGGAAAUAUUGACAAAUUAUUGAUUAAUAGAGUGAGAGUGAAUACAUAAAGAUAACAAAAUAAUUAUAAUAUUGAUUACAAACCAAAAAACCCUAAAAAAUAGAAAAAGAAAUAAAAAACUAAAAAUAAACCUAUUUAACAGAAAUGGUUUUUAAUACAAUUAGUAAUGAACUUAAUACAGUCACUAUAAAUAUCACAAUAGACGGCAAUAUCAUUGAAUAAUUCGCACAUUAAUGCAAUAGGCGAUCUUACUAAUACGUUGGUCCUGCUUGAUUCACAAUAGAAUAUGUUAAUUUGUCUAGUAUUAAUCCUUGGAAUUAAAAAAUUGAGUUGUUCUAAAAGUAACGGACAGUCUAUUUUAUUAUUUAUAAGAUGUAUUAAAAAUUUUAUUAUUAUUAUAAUUCUCCUUAAGUGGAGAGGUAAAAAGUCAAAUCUUGAGAGUAAAGCAGAAUGGUCAUAGCCUCUUGCUGGGUAAGUACCAUCAAGUAGAAUACAUAGGAAUUUUAAAAAAACACGUUGGACGUGUUCAAUAUGUUGAAUGUGAAUCUGAUAUAUUGGGAACCAAAUUAAAGCUCCGUAUUCAAGUUGUGAUCGCACCAGAGAAAAGAAUAGAGAACACAAGGUUCGUGUAUAAGUAAAAUCUCGGCAAUUUCUGUAGAUAAAUCCGUACGUUCUAAAACUUUUGGAUACCAUCUCAUGAAUGUGCUCUAUAAACUGAAGUUUAGUAUCAAAGAGUAUACCUAGAUCUUUAAUCCUUUCAGUUCUAUUUAUUAAACUGUUUUCAAUUCGAUAGGGAAAAAUGAUGUUCUCCUUUUUUCUAGAGUAGGUCAUAGCAAAGCAUUUAUCUUUGUUUAACGACAAUCUAUUUUUGGAAGCCCAGUCGCAUACUGAGCAUAUAUUUUGUUGUAAAUGUUGGCAGUCCAAUGUUGAGGUAAUUUUUAAAAACAAUUUAAGGUCAUCUGCAAAAAAUAAUUUCUGACAUGAAAUAACGUCUCCAAGAUCAUCUAUAAAAAGUAGGAAAAGCAAGGGGCCGAGGUUAGAGCCUUGUGGAACACCAGAGGCGGGCUUAAUAAUAUUCGAUUUGUAAUUGGGAUAUUUAACAUAUUGUUCACGAUUAAAUAAGUAUGAUUCAAAAAGUUUUAAAAGACCUUCUGAGAAACUAAAUCUUUUUAAUUUGUCGAGUAGUAUAAAGUGAUCAAUUUGAUCAAACGCUUUCUGAAAGUCAAAAUAAAUAGUAUCUACUUGCUGACGAUUAUCAAUUGCUUUGCACGUAAACUGGGUAAAGCAGGCUAAGUUUGAAAUUGUGGAACGUUUCACCAUAAAUCCAUGUUGGUGAGGCGACAAAAACAUUUUAAUUGAGGAAUAGAUAUGUUUAUAAAUUAUAGAUUCAAAAACUUUGGAAAAAUUGCAAAGAAGAGAGAUAGGUCUAUAAUUCUUUAUUUCUGCUACAUCUCCUUUUUUGUAUACUGGACGAUAUUAACUGACAAAUAAAGCGUAAUACCUACUUACUGACAAUUCUUCUAUAUCACUUCAUCACGUUUGCUUAGUCCUCUGUCACGAGUGAUUACAAAAUAUUCCCGAAGUUGUAACUCCAAUAAAAAAUUGUAAUCGAUUAUCACCUUUGUAGCGUAUGCAUUUUAAUUGUUGAUUUAAAAAAAAAAAAAAAACAUGGAAAAGUUAUUAAUGUCGCUUACAAUCACCAAUAAAACAAAAUUUUUGUAAAAAACAUAAGUACAUAACAAUUGCGUUUUCUCUAUUAUUAAACAAAAAGAACGCCAUGCAUGGUACCGUUUAGUAUUAUCUACAAAUUAGCUGAAUCGAUUUGUAAGAAAAUUGAAAAGAAGGAAAUGGCAAUAUCACAAUUAAAUAAUGGAAAUAUUUUGAGGACAUUCUAAAUUACUGGUUGCAAAGAAAUAAUUCAGCUUAUUUAUAUAAUCUACGUUUCUAGGUAUAUUACGAGAUCCAACACAAUGAUUGCGAAAUAACGAAGCAUUCUAACAAAGUUGGAUGUAUUAAUCGGAAUUCUCGAUAAAACUCUUACAAAUAUCAAAAGGAUAGGAACCGACGAUUCGAUAAACUGACGUAAGAAUUCCAUCAAGCAACGUUCGAAUACAGGACUAAAAUUACCAAAGUGGGACAAUGUUUUCGAGGAUUCUUUAUUAUGUUGACAGACAAAUUAUCGGGAAUUGACAUUUCUCAGAGAGCUUCCACCUCAAAACAGUCAUGUCGUCAUCCUUUGGGAAACCGCCCUGCGAAUUUCUGUUCCUAUAAAAAUUCUAGCUUAAAGGGAUUUUUUUUUUGUUCUGAGUGUCAUGCAUGGAAAAGUAUUCCAAAAAUGUAGUACGCCUUGUUUCACGUUAAACAAAACCGAUGACACGAUCUUACGAAGGAAACAUGGUCUCAACGGGGUUGAACAAUUUAUUAAAAAAAUGAAAUUUCAGCAACAGCUACACAACGUAAUGUUUGGGGCUUAGUCUGGACAGAUUUUCUGAUGAAACGUUGGAAAGGAGCACCACAAUAAUACAUGAUUUUUCUACUGAAAUUUAGCGAUGGCUUCCCAACGUAAUCGUCUUCGAAAAGCAUGAAAAAUAUUAGGGAUUUUUGAGAUUGGCAGAGGAAUAGAAGAAAAACUUAGAGUCAAAAUGCGCCAUCAGUCUAAUCCAGAAGAAAGUCAAAUAUGAAAACAAAAGUGUCCUACGUAUGUCUAAAAAAUAUAUAUCUUAACUUAGUGGUAUACUUAUGUCAAAAAGCAAUUGUUAUUUCCAUUAAUAAUAGUUUGUAAAAAAAACAAAAAUGUGUAUGUAUUAUAUAAAUAUUAAGCAAGAGGUGUAUAUUAAAUGUAUAAAAAUUGGUAUUUAUUCACCGUAAAUUACCGAAAGACGGAUUGUACUGAAGCAUCCUGAUUUAGAGUUACAAUUUAAAAUAAUUUCGCCCGCUUGACGAAUGGCUACUUUCAUGUUUUUUCAACGUUUCAUAACCCCUCGAGUAUAAAAAAGCAAUCUGUCAUUUUCGUUCAUCUUCUUGUCUGUCGCCUGUGUCGAUUUUUAGACAGAAAUUGUAUGACAACAUUUUAUAGAAAAAUAUGAGUGUGACUGACAGGUGUUAUGUGUUUUUUUGUAAGAGUGGAGACAAAUUUUUUUUAAUCCCAGAGUUGUUUUUAUAUAAUUUCCAUAUAUUUACUUUAAACAUUUUCAGUCUGAAGGAGACGACAUGCAGUUGAUAUUAAGAGAGUGAACCAAAUUAACCACGAUUUGAUAACAAAAGUACACACGAAAAUUAUAACAAAUAAGAAUAAAUAGAAAUUAUAGGACGAAGAACAAAAAUAAAAUACUCUAAAACUAAACAAAAAAAAAGGAACGAUUAAACAGUGAAAAAACUACCGUAAAACAAAAUUACUAUUAUAAAUACCAUGAUUGAAAUGACGAAAACUAUAACAGUAAGAACAAUUAUGUGGAUGUAUUGCUAAUAACAACAGUGCCGUAUUCUCAGAAUUUUAGCUAAUGAUGUAAGCCCUCUUUGAUGUAAACAAUAAAAUAAAAUAAGCAUCUCGGUGUCAGCAAAUUUACAAAGUAUGAACGCACCAAUAAACCACAAAUGCAGACCUACACUAUUUUUUAUAUUUUAGCACAAUUUUGAAAUUACUUCCUCACGUUUUUGGAAAGAAUAAAAUAUUUGAUUGACGAUUUACCACGAUCAUGACAACCGUAAUGUAGAAAGAUUUUAAAUAGUAAAACGUUUUGAUUUUUUUUUUUUUUUUAAAUUAGACAUCUAAUGUAAGGUUAGAUUAGUAAACCACAAGUACAGAAGCAUAUUUUUUCAUUAAUUUUAAGUAAGAUUUAAUUUGUAAAAUUUUGAGAUGACGUCGUUAGUUGUUGCUAGAGUUGGUGAGAAAAAUUUUGAGCUAAUUAAUAAAACUUUUCUAAAGUCUAUUAAGCUUAGUUUUAUUAUAAAAGACUUUGAUCAGUCCAUGUAGGACAUGGUAAAAACAGAGCUAACAUUUAGUGGAACGAAAUGUCAGAUCUUCUAAAAUCUAACUUUACGAACAAAAAUUUCGAGUUUUUAAUAAAAAAUGAAUGAAAACCCCCAAAAAGUUUUAAAGACACAUUUCGAACGGUCUUACAAAAAUCCGUUCAGUGGACCUGAGUUCCGAGGUAGAAACCUUACACCAGACCAAAGGACUUUUCAAGGAACCCUAAAAACCAGAACUCUUAGGUCCCCUCUUCUGAACUUCUCUAUAGUCACUUGGUAGCACCGUUCUGCGUUGCUGAACUUCAUUAAUAAUUUCUUCUUGCGUUUUUUUAAGUUGACUUUUAAUCUCGUUAAAAUUUAAAAUUGCACAACUUUCGUUCUUCAUUUUUUCAAAAUGAAUUUGCAGAUUCGACUAUUCCAUCUAGUUGUUUUUCGUGGAUUCUCUUAGUUGUUCCGUUGGAUUCUUUUAACGCGCUAAGAACUACUUCUAGUUGUAGUUCUAUUUUCGAAAAGCCAUUGUCUAUGGGUUUGUGGAAACUAUGGAAAACUAACAAAAAUGGUAAAAUGUAUUAGUGGUUUUUGACAGAAAUAGGUUUUGUAAACAUGAUAAGUAUGAACAAUUGAACAUGGCCGACUAGUAUAAAGAUUAUGGCCUGUCCAGAGGUACCAUACGUGCUGCCAUCUAUUAAUAAUUCAAAAACGACAAAAGAAUUAUUAACACUUUUUGAAAGGCACAAAGGCAUUCAUACCGAAACAAACCACCAUUACAUGUUUUGAAGUCUCAUAAUGUCAAGUCAAAUUAAAAUUAUACUAAAUUAUUAAGUGUAAUUAUUAAUAGAUGGCAACACCUAUGGUACCUCUUGGACAGAGGCCAUAAUCUUUAUACUAGUCGGCCAUGGUAUUGUAAUGGAAUGAGUAAGUGUCAAUUCGUUAGUCAGCAAAUGCUUGUCCAUUGCAAGGAACUAGGUCAUCAAUAGUGUAUAAAAGUGUAAGUGAUAGCUAAAACAAGAGAGUGUUAAGUCUGGGCUUGUAGUGGUAAUAUGGGUAAAUAAAUUGAUAAUAAAUA